AUGAAUCUUCCCAGCGACGGCCUCCCCACUGCUGGACCUUAUGAGUUCGAAGCGAGGCCUGAAAAUCGACGUCUCGUACCGGUAGAUCUAGGAAAACAAAGAGCCCCAUUUGUUGGGAAGGGACAGAGGGCAUUGAAGGUGAUAGGAAACGCGAGGACCACCGACGAGAGCAAGGGACUUCUAUGCUUGACUUGCUCGGAGGACUACUCAGAAAGUCCUCUCAUCGAUAGUGGAGGAUCGGGGUACUCCACAUCCGCAUCACGAUCGCCCUCUAUGCUCUACGCACCUGUGCAUGACCACGGCUUACAUUCUUCUGGGAUGAGCUGCGAUGCAAUUUUAUCUGUUGGAGCUGAUACCGACCACACUUUCGGAAUGAACGUCGGCGCUAGAUUGCAACUCGUAGAGGUGUUGGAUCUGCGUCGCUGUAGCGGCAAGGAUGAAUGCAUUAGGAGCUUCGAAAGCGAGCAUAACGGAGAGGGAGGUGGCUCACAGAGAGAAUAUGUUUCACUAGGGUGUCGUAAAGCUGAGGCUGGGCAGGCGUCGACGGAAGCCGGUGAUCGCAGCUUAUUAUCACAACAGUCAUGGAUAGACAACAUCGCAGGGAGGCGGGUUGCAGAGAGAAUAUAUUGUGCUCAGGUGUCGGGGGCUAGGGAGGGCCUGGAGAGAGAUCAGGAUCACGAUGAUCCCAAAACUACAUGUUGCUGCAAAUUCGGUUCUUUGAAUGUUGAUCUUGCCACGGAGAAAUGUUACGAGUACAUCACCUCGCUAGCGCUGGUCAUAGUUCCGACUGAACCAUCAUCCUCUCCAUCGCCGAAUCCAGCUUUGGCAGCCUGGUCCUCGCUGGGUGCACACCUAUGCACCUUUGACUACAAAAUCAUCCCCGAGAAGCCCGACCUUGAUGUUCUCAUCGUCUCCACCAGCACCGUCAUGCCAACUGCGGUAGACCAUUUCGAACGCAUAGAUGGCAGCAUGAUCAAUGAUGGAAACCAAUACGAAACUCUCCUCUAUCCUUGGUGGUCCUUGAUUGGGACCUUGCUUAGGUACCGAUACCUAUACCUACCAAAGACCAACGUACUAUCCCAUGGGCGAAUAUCAACGGUAUCUUCUGGGUCGAUUACCGUCAUGGAGACUCGGGACAACCUUGUUAUGACCUACAAUCAUCAAUUGUCGCCUAACCCGACAGAGGCACCGAAACCAUCGUACAAGAAGAAUCCAUGGCUCAUCGUCAGGUCGAAGUUGCGCAAUCAGGACACUUCAAAGUUCACGACAAUUGCAUUUUGA